UAACAUAUGGUCUAUCCUGGAGAAUGUUCCAUUUGCACUUGAGAAGAAUGUGUGUUCGGCUGUGAAAUGCCACAUACUCACUAAAACAUGUUGAGGAAGAAUAUUUAAUUUCAGUGAACAUAUAUUACUUAUUUUUAAAUAUAUUUUAAAACAAAGUUUAUUUAAAAAUAUUAUCUGACCUCCCUCACUCCAGUGGCAAUCAUUGCUGCCUUCAAUCAGGCCAUUUAGUGGUUGCCCACUCCCCAAACUCUUUCUAACCCUAGUCCUCUUGGAUUUAUACCUAAAUUGGGUCUAAUAAGCCCCUGUGGCUUUACUUAUCAGCUCACAUUGACAGAGCAUUAAUUGUUUUCUGAACUCAAGACAACAAUUGCGACCUUCUAUUUUACUGAAGGGAACAAGGAUGGAUUCUCAGGGAAGGAAAGAGACCAUGUACCUGGCAAUGUAUUAAUCACUUUACACAUAUUAACUCAUUCAACCCUCAGAGAGAGGAAGGAACAACCCAUUAUUAUCCCUAUUUUUCAAAUGAGGAAACUAUGGCUCUGGGAAGGUUCUACCUUGCCUGAGGUUCCAGAGCUGGUAAUUAGCUGAGCCCAGAUUUCAACCCAGGUAUUCUGGUUCCAGAGCCAAGGCUUUCAGUCACUGCUUUGUUGUCUCUUAUUCUAAUUGGUAAAAAUAAUAACAUAAUGAUUAAUUAUAUUUAAUAUAACAAAAAUGUGAUCAACAGUGGUUUAUAUUGUUCAGAGAUUUUUGUUAAGCGUUUUCACUUACAAGAGCUCAAUUACUUCUGAAAACUCAUUUUGCUGAGACAGGAACUGAGGCUCAAGCACCCACAAGUGAUGCUGUGAAACACCAAUGCAGGAAUUCCAGACUCAUUAUUAUUGCUUAAUAAUGCAACAUAAAUAAUAAAAGUGCCCACAGUCCUUAGGGCUCCACAAUGUGAUUUUACACACAUUUUACGGGGGUAACUGGCUCGGAGAGGCCAGCAACUUGUACAAGACAGCACAGCAAGUAAGAAAUAGCAAAGCUGUUGUUUUGCUUAAUAAUAAUAACAACGCCUUGUAGUCCUGGACUAAGGAAAGGCUUUUCUUACGGAAAUUAAACUCAAAUCGCAGGGAGGUGUUGACUUCACCAAAAUCCGGCAGCUGCGUCGUGGCCCGAGGGCAGGUUUUCGGCUGGUUUUGCACCAGAGGAGCCUCCUGGCGAGUCCCGGAGAUUGAGCACCUGGGGCACCUGGGCAGGUGGGCGGGUCCGCGCUGCAGGCCGACGUGGGCCGCCCCACGCCCCCGGUGCCAACCCCGUGCUCCCCUCGCCCCUGCCGCCCCGAGCUGACCCCAGGCCCACUCACAUCCCGUCCCCCGCCUCCCCGAGCCGAUACCCGGCCGCACCCCUAUCGUACAACGGGCCCACUCACAGGCCUUCUCGGGUCGACUCCAGGCCCCCGGCCCGCGCUCCCCAGCCCCCUCCGCGUGUCCCUGGCCCCCUCCCUGCACCCCCGGCCCCUCCCCGAGCCCCGCCGCCUGGAGCGGCCCGGGCGGUCGGUCGGUGGCCGGCGCGAGGCUCCUCCCCGGCGGAGUCGCUCUGCGCGGAGGAAGCGGAGGCGGCGGCAGCGCCGAGACCUCGCCGCGCUCAUGGCGUCGCCCGGGAUAGAAGUGGAAUCACUGGUCAAAGGACAUUCAGAUUUGGGAGAAGUGGCCCCAGAAAUAAAGGCAUCUGAGAGACGAACAGCUGUGGCCAUUGCAGAUUUGGAAUGGAGAGAAAUGGAAGGAGAUGAUUGCGAGUUUCAUUAUGGAGAUGGUACGAAUGAGGCUCAGGAUGGUGACUUUCCAACAGUGGAGAGGAGCAGACUGCAAGAAAUGCUGUCACUUUUGGGACUAGAGACAUACCAGGUCCAGAAACUGAGCCUCCAGGACUCCCUGCAGAUCAGUAGUGACAGCAUGAAGAACUGGGCUCCUCAGGUUCCCAAAGACUUGCCCUGGAAUUUCCUCAGGAAGCUGCAGGCCCUCAAUGCUGAAGCCAGGAACACCACCAUGGUGCUGGACAUGCCCCUAGAUGCCAGGCCUGUGGAGAAGGAGAGCCAGAUGGAAGAGGAGAUUAUCUACUGGGACACAGCUGAUGAUAUCUCUGCGGACAUCUAUUCUUUCUCCGAGCUGCCAACCCCCGACACGCCUGUGAACCCCUUGGACCUUCUCUGUGCCCUUCUGCUUUCCUCAGAUAGUUUCCUGCAACAAGAAAUCGUGGUAAAAAUGUCCCUCUGCCAGUUUGCACUCCCUCUCAUCUUGCCUGACUCAGAAAACCACUACCACACAUUUCUGCUGUGGGCCAUGAGGGGCAUUGUGCGGACAUGGUGGUCACAGCCCCCAAGGGGGGUGGGCAGCUUCAGAGAAGACAGCAUGGUCCUGUUCCGGGCACCGGCCUUUGCCUUCGUGCGCAUGGAGGUCAGCAGCAACUCCAAGUCCCAGCUUCUCAACGCAGUGCUCAGCCCGGGCCACAGGCAGCGGGACUGCUUCUGGCACCGGGAUCUGAACUUGGGCACCAACCCUCGGGAGAUUGCAGACGGGAUGGUGGAAAUUUCCUGGUUUCUUCCCAGUGGCAGGGAAGACUUGGACAUUUUCCCAGAGCCUGUGGCCUUUCUGAACCUGAGAGGUGACAUUGGGUCUCAUUGGCUGCAGUUUAAGCUCUUGACAGAAAUCUCCUCAGCCGUGUUCAUCUUGACAGACAACAUCAGUAAGAAGGAGUACAAACUGCUGUACUCCAUGAAGGGGUCGGCCACAAAAUACUACUUCAUCCUGAGUCCCUACCGUGGGAAACGAAACACAAACCUGAGAUUCCUGAACAAGUUAAUCCCCGUGCUGAAGAUGGACCACUCACACGUUCUCGUGAAGGUCAGCAGCACGGACAGCGCGAGCUUUGUGCGGAGGAUCCGCUCCAUCGUGGGGCACGUGGCCCGGUCCCCCUGCAGGAGGCUGUCUGUGGAGGAGAUGGCGAAUGCAGCCCGUAAGCUGGGGCUGAGGGUGGAUGAGGACUGCGAGGAGUGUCAGCGAGCGAAAGACCGGAUGGAGCGCAUCACCAGGAAAAUCAAAGACUCGGACGCCUACCGGAGGGACGAGCUGAGGCUGCAGGGGGACCCUUGGAGAAAGGCGGCCCAGGUGGAGAAGGAGCUCUGCCAGGUCCAGUGGGCCGGAGACCCUCCUGAGAAGCACAGGGCUGAGCUGAGGCAUCGUUUACUGGAACUUCGAAUGCAGCAGAAUGGCCACGACCCUGCCUGGGGGGUGCAAGAGUUCAUCACAGGCGUCAGCAGCGCCUCCCUGGGCGAGAAGCAGUACUUCCUGAGGUGGAUGGAGUGGGGGCUGGCCCGGGUGGCCCAGCCAAGGCUGAGACAGCCUCCGGAGACAAUUCUUACCCUGAGACCAAAACACUGUGGGGCAGUGGACUUCAGUGAGGCGCUCUGGCCUGAGCCCCUGGGGGUGGAGCACUUUCUGCGGGAGAUGGGACAGUUUUACGAGGCAGAAAGCUGCCUUGUGGAGGCAGGGAAGCUGCCAGCAGGCCAAAGGCGGUUUGCCCACUUCCCAGGCCUGGCCUUGGAGCUGCUGCUGAAGGGGCUCCCCCUGGAGCUGAUCGACGGGAGCACACUGAGCACUCCCCUGCGCUGGGUCACAGGGCUCCUGAAGGAGCUGCACAUCCGCCUGGAGAGAAGGUCGCGACUGGUGGUCCUGUCAGCGCUGGGCGUGCCGGGCACAGGCAAGUCCACCCUUCUCAACACCAUGUUUGGGCUGCGGUUUGCCACGGGGAAGGGCUGUGGUCCUCGAGGGGCCUUUAUGCAGCUCAUCACAGUGGCCGAGAGCUUCAGCCAGGACCUGGGCUGUGACCACAUCCUGGUGAUAGACUCUGGAGGCUUGAUAGGGGGGGCUCUGACCGCCGCUGGGGAGAGGUUUGAGCUGGAGGCUUCCCUGGCCACUUUGAUUAUGGGGCUGAGCAACGUCACCGUGGUCAGUUUAGCUGAAACGAGGGACAUCCCACCGGCUAUUCUGCAUGCAUUUCUGAGGCUGGAGAAAACGGGGCACAUGCCGAACUAUCAGUUUGUAUACCAGAACCUUCAUGAUGUGUCUGCCUCCGGCCCCAAGCCGAGAGAGAGGAGGCAGCUCCUGGAUCAGCCUAGUGACGUGAGCAGAGCUGCAGUGCAAAUGGAGAAACAGGGCGAUGGCAUCCGGACGCUGGCUGACCUGGCCUUUUGUGACCCUGAGAGGCAGCACAUUUGGCACAUCCCUGGCCUGUGGCAUGGAGUGCCUCCCAUGGCCGCUGUGAGCUUGGGGUACAGCGAGGCCAUUUUUGAACUAAAGAGAUGCCUGCUAGAAAACAUCAGGAAUGGCCUGUCCAACCAAAACAAAAACAUUCAGCAGCUCAUUGAGCUGGUGAGGCGGCUCUGAGUCGGGAGAACAGAGGUUCAGCUGCCGGAGGCCUGCCGUGGGCAGCCUCUUCCGAUGGGGGUGUCCACAUGGGGCUGUACCUGGCCCCUGAGGGGGGCUGGUGCCCGACCCACAUGAGAAGGGAGAAAAGCAAAAGGCAGGGGUCUGGAGUUUCCUAAACAGUGUUAAGAAAGGAAGUCAACUCACAGACCAGCUCAGAGAUGCUCUCGGGAGUUUAAUAGCCCUGGGCUUGGGGGGUGGAGACACAGCAGUAAUUUGUUGUCUCUGAGCUCCUUUCGAGGCCCCUGGGGGUUCAGCCUCUUGUGCAGCUGCUGUCCUCCAUCUGCCCCUGGAGUGGAGAGUAGCUCCCCAUCACUGCAGCCCGGCAGACAGGUACAGGAUCGAGGUCAGAAGGUGCCCUGAGGAAGCAGAGGGAGGCCUUUCCUCCAGCGCACCCCAGCCUUGGUGACUCAAUCCUGCCUGUUUAGGGAGGGCCCUCGGUGUGCAGGGCAGCCGGGGCACUCUAUUUAUUGACUGACCUGUGAAGCUUCCCCACCCCGCCCCAGGAGAGGUCCUGCUCGCUCUGCCGCGCCCUACAGCACUCUGUUUACACCUCUGCCACAACACUCAGCGCUGUGCAUCGUGACUUACCUGUUCACCUCUGCCCCUCCCCUAGGCUGUGAGCUCCUUGAGGGCAAGGGCUGGACAUUACCCAGCUUUGUACCCCUAGGGCCUGGCACACUAUGGGCGCUUAAUAAAUGUGUGUUGAAUGAAUGAAAUGAAUGAAUGUGCAAAUGAUGGUAAUGGGCAGGUUCCUCUCUGUGCCUUAAUUUUCCUGUUUCCUGAAGAGGAUCAGUGUCAGUCUGAGGAGGGUGCAAAAUAGAAUGUCUGAAGUGGUGAACACCUGAGAGAAGGGUCUGAAAAAGGCCACGCUGUUCCUUUCUAAGCAGAGACCCAUUCUUCAGGCUGUUACUAGGAAACUGAACUGUCUUGGCGGAAACUUCGAGGUAUCUCCACCAUGAUCCCAUUUGAUAGGUGAGGAAAGGAGGCCUGGAGCAGUUCAGCAGUGCAGCCCAGCCACACCCCUGCAUAGGUGUGACGAGUAAGCCGGUGCCCUCAGCCCUACACCUCUGCUCCUGACCACUUGUCUUCCCCAAACUCCCACAGCUGCCAGGCUCACCCCUCGCCUGGCCCCUCAGUGUCAGCCCUUUGUCCCACUUACGUGUCUCUGGGGCCAGGCACCCUCCCUCAUAUCUUCCAUGGCCCGGUUGCCACCAUUCAAGCUAGAAUGUAGGGCUCCUCCGCUGUCGAUUCCCCAGCUGGAAUCCUUGCCUGCGCUGGCCCUUAGCAAGGGCCAGGGUCACCUCAGUGAGCCUUGGACCCCAACCCCACUAGCUCUGGGAACCUCUGCUUAGGCGUUGGGGCCUCCUUCCCUCUAUAUUUUGUGAUUUCAGGGAAACUAGGCCCCCAGGCGGUGACCAGGUCCUCCUCUGUGUUCCUUGUACUCCUUUGGCCAGACUCAGCAAGGGAGCCCUUGGGAUUGGAACCCCUUCUUGAACAGCAGGCUCGUUGCGCCCUUUUCUGGAGUCCCAGGAUGCUACACCUGCAGCUCCCUUGAUGUUAACAAUGUCGCCCCCUGCGUUCUGGGGACCAGCCUCCAGACAUGUGGAACUGAGGCUGAAGGCAGUACUGGAACUCUGGAAACCUGAUCUAUCUUUUUCUGAUAAAUUUAGGAAAACCUUUUCCCUUCUGAAACUCAAAAAGAAUCUCUAAUCCUCAGGCACUAGGAACUCACCUCUUCCUGGAUCGUAAAUAACACAAAUUUUAAGACGUUGGUUCACCUGGAAAUACCAAAACCUCGUCUUACUCCCCCCAGGUGCUUCUCCAGCACUGUAGGAAUGUCACCCAGGACACUCCUGGGCCCCAAGUUCAGGCACUGGAAACCUCGCUUAGCAUUGGUUGACUAUCAACCAGUUCCCUCAAGUUAUUCCUGAAAUCUGAAACAGGGAAGCCAGCCCUCGUGGCUCCCUACUAAUCAAAGAUUCUUUACCUUAGGUCUAUCCAUUGUGCAAAGAUAAGGUUCAGACAUUGAAUUCCUGAAAAUUAGAUGUGUGCUUUUAUUUCUAGGGAAAGAGUUCAUAGCUUUCAACAGAUUUUCAAGAGGCUGCAGGAUCCGAAACAGAUUAAUAACUGCUUGGUAAUCAGGAAAAUUAUUGCAUGCAUCCCCAGGACCUAAGAUACUAUGAAAUUACAUCAAACAUUUGCCCAGACUCUUUAGACUUUUGAAAACAGACCAGUCUAAAGACUGGAUGUAACAGACUGAGCAGGAGGUUUCCCUGGGCAGCCCCAGGCGGGACCACUGUGGAGGACAUGCAGUCAAGCAGCCAAGGAAUUCUGGAACUGCCUGGGCGGUGUGGAAAGACCAUCACCUCUCUCAGGUGCAGGGACAGGAGAGGUUGCCCUGGAGCUGAGUGAUUUUUCCAAAAAGAGUCAGUUAUGACGCUCCCUUCACCCUCGUUUAGAGGUGGAUGUUUCAAUUCCAUGACCUGCAAAAGGGGUGCACCUUCAGACCCUAAAGUCAGUGCCACUCUUGUGAUUCAGAUUUCCACAAUACCCAGCUCUUGCCUAGCGGCCCUAGAGCUCAAAACACUAAGCAUCAGCGUGCCCCGCCAUCACCACACCCAGAGGGCACCCCCCACAUUAGACCUGAAGACAUCUUCAGAGACUGAGAGGCCCCAGACCUUGCCAGGUAACGUCCUUGAAGCCAAGCUUAGUGAUGUGAGAGCCACUCGGAAGAGUGGACAGGGCUGCUCGCGCGGGACCCUGUUACUUGGGUGAAAGCAUGAACCAUGUCAGUGAUCUUGGAGUAAAUGGCCUGGGAGUCUUUGAGACUAGGCACAAGAGUGCUUGCCCCUCACCUGGGAGGUGGGAAGUAGCUCACCUCAGCAUGCAGGACGUUGGCCUGGUUCUGAACCUCGGCCUUGCUUCCUGCUAAUUCCACAGCCCUUGAGCACAGUCACUACACUUCACUAAACCUUAGUCCCCCUACUAGCACUUGCUCUUUGGUGAGUGCACAAAGGCUGGUUUUGGAGGAGCAAGUCUGUGCACACAAGGCACCAGAAGCCGUGUCUACACCAGUCUGCACAUCCAUGAGGUUCAUGCAAAGGAAACUGCCUGCUUUCUACAUCAAUCUCAAACAUUUUAACAUGGCAAACAGGAUUUAUCUUGUAAUCAAUCAGUGGUAUCUUAAAAUUAAUUUGCAGCCAUUUCUCUUUCUUCAUGGUAUAUAAAGCAAUGUUUUCUAAUUGAUGUUAUCUUAGAUGUACUGAAACACUACCUAGAAGGGCUGGUGUUGAGAAAUCUGUACCAGUGUAAACCUAAUGUGGUAUCUCUCCCCAGCUCCUCAGAUGUGAAUUAGCCCAGUAAAGAAAAAUCCUUUUUUUCCUGAGGCAGUAAUAAAAAAAAGAUUUUGGCUAUAAACCUA